AUGUCAUCUUCCAGCACCGCGGAAGAUGUUGAGAAGGGCAGAGUAGGCUCGGACUAUGCGCAUCUGAACAACGAUGAAGUGAAGAGCUUUGGUUGGGCAGAUGUCACUGUCACAGUCAAGGAUAGAACAUCCCAACAACCGAUCGAUCUCCUAUCCAAUGUGAGUGGUAUGGUUGAAGCAGGCGAAAUGAUGGCCUUGAUGGGCCCAAGCGGCUCCGGAAAGACAACCCUUCUCAACAUCCUCGCCCACCGCGCCGCAAUACCCAAGGCCACCAUCCAACAGACCCUCCGCAUAAAUGGCGCCCCAACAACACUAGCUGCAUUCCGCAAAUUAAGUUCCUACGUCGAGCAAGAAGAUGCGCUAAUCGGCUCGCUCACUGUCCGCGAAACACUCUACUUUGCUGCUCAACUGGCACUCCCAAGUUCGAUACCCGCAUCAUCCCGCAAAGCCCUGAUCACUUCCCUCCUCGCCUCCUUCGGUCUCACCGCCCAAGCUGAUACUCUAAUCGGCACACCGAUCCGCAAAGGCGUGUCUGGCGGGCAGAAGAGACGAGUCAGCGUUGCCAGCCAACUCAUUACGUCCCCAAAACUGUUGUUCCUCGACGAACCAACCAGUGGAUUAGAUUCGGCGGCUAGCUACGAAGUCAUCAAAUUUGUCCGGGAUAUUGCGAAAAAGUAUAGGAUCUUAGUGAUUGCGUCGAUUCAUCAGCCAAGUACAGCGACGUUUGGCUUGUUUGACAAACUCAUGCUAUUGAGCAGGGGAAAGUGCGUUUAUAAUGGGGAGGUAAAGGGUGUGCAGGGGUGGUUUGAGGGAUUGGGGUAUGAAAUGCCGCUAUACACCAAUCCAGCUGAAUUCGUCAUCGACCUCAUCAACACCGAUUUCUCCCAAGACAGCAACAUCGCAUCGCAAAGGCUUACCCACCUCCAUACUUCCUGGGCCACAUCCCCCGCCGCAGCAACACUCUCGGAAAAUCUCCGCGUAACCGCUGUCACAGCUCCAACCUCCCAUAUCCCAUCUUCUCUUUCAGCCCCCUCCUCCAGCACCCAUGCCUCCCCCCUCUCAACCCUCUGGCCCCUGAUCCACCGCUCCUUUAUAAAAUCUUACCGGGACAUCGUCGCUUACGGCAUCCGAAUAGCCAUGUACCUCGGUCUGGCCAUAAUGAUGGGCACAGUCUGGCUCCGUCUCUCUCCCACGCAAUCCAACAUCCAGGCCUUUACAAACGCCAUCUUCUUCGGUGGCGCCUUCAUGUCCUUCAUGGCCGUAGCGUACAUUCCAGCAUACCUCGAGGACCUCGCCAUCUACCAAAAGGAACGCGCGAAUGGCCUUUAUGGCCCCACGGCUUUCAUGCUGGCCAAUUUCGUUGUGGGAGUUCCGUACCUUUUCCUCAUUACGAUUUUGUUUAGCGUAGUGAGCUAUUGGUUGGGUGGGUUCAGACCGAGUGCUGAGGGGUUUUGGAUAUGGGUGCUUUGGUUGUUCCUGGACCUGCUAGCUGCCGAGUCUUUGGUCGUGUUGCUUUCGAGUCUCAUACCUAUCUUUGUUGUUGCGCUUGCAGCGACGGCGUUUGCCAAUGGCCUUUGGAUGUGUGUCAAUGGGUUCAUGGUGCAGCCUGAUACACUCAAUGUCUUUUGGAGGAUGUCUUCAUACGAUCUUACAAAUGAGCAAGGCCUUCAAGAAUAUCUUGAGGCGCAUCAAUCCGCACCAACCAGCGUACAGCUUCUCUCAGGAGGCAGUGCAAACUAUGUCUACCGUAUCACAAAACAUGAUGGCUCAACGCGCAUCUUGAAACAUGCAGAGCCCUAUCUGCACAGCAACAAAGACUUUGCACUCGAUCCCACGCGUAUGGAUUACGAAGCCCGGAUUUUAGAGGCCCUAUCCUCCACCGAGAGCCCCCUGCCCGCAACUCCUCCUAAAUCGAACGUACACGCAGUGCAACUGUUGAGCUACGAUAAGACGAACAAGCUACUCGAAAUUGAGGAUGGCGGUAGUCGUAAUCUGAAGGACGCUUACAUCGACCUAAAGCUCGAUAUACCACACAUCGGAGAGCAGCUGGGAAGAUGGCUCGUUGCAUUGCACGUAUUCGCGAAGAACAUCUCCCUCGCUUCACCGGACGAGGAUCGAGGCAUCAACAAUAACCCCAUUGCGGUUAACAUUUAUCGGUAUCCCUACAACGGCCUGCACACCGCCCUGACGCAAUUUGGUUACGAUCCCCAGUUAGCCGACCUUAUCAACGAAAGAUUCGGGAGUCUAAUUGCAACAGAUAAUGAGUGCAUCUGCCACGGCGACUUUUGGCCUGGCAAUGUUCUCGUGCGGGACGUUGAGCAGCAGCCGGUCGAUUUAACGGUCGUAGACUGGGAACUGGUGCGCCGCGGCACCAGCGCAACCGAUGUUGGUCAGUUCGCUGCCGAAGCAUUCCUUCUUGAUCGCUUUAGAGGUGGUAGAGGUUUGCUCAGCGCGUUCUUGCACGCCUAUGUUGUGGCUCGGGAGCAUACAGAGGCGCUUGGUAAAGCGUGGUUAACGAGGGUGGUGGUGCACUGGGCAGUUCACAUUGCAUUCUGGCCUACUAUGGUUACAUGGUCAAACGAGGAAGAGACGAAGAUACUUGUCGAUGUGGGCGUUGCUACUUUGGAGAACGUUCUGAAAGAGGACUGGGAGAAGGUGUUGGAGUCACCACUAUUGAGAGAUGUGAGGGAAAGGUAUGCUACGCUGUUGGUACGACCUUGA